CCCCAUUUGCGGGUUCCACCCCCAAGUCUGAGCCUGCAACUCCGGGGCUAGCCUCGACUCAUCCUCACCCGCACCCGGACUUCCAUCCAGUUCAGGGCUUCGCGGUUCUUCGUGGGACUGGACGGGUAGCCAGAACUCCAGAGAGCCCAGGACUCUUCGUGGACAUACCCUGUUAGACUACAUCGCCAGAUUCCCCAUCGAACUAUCCCCACUCAGAGAUACCCCUUUGGUGUGAGUCAUGAUAAUGACUAUGAAGGGCCAAGUGUGUGUGGUAACUGGGGCCUCCAGGGGUAUUGGCCGUGGCAUUGCCUUACAGCUUUGCCAAGCAGGUGCUACAGUUUACAUUACCGGCCGCCAUUUGGACACCCUUAGAGCUACUGCCCAGGAGGCACAGUCCCUCGGGGGCCGGUGUGUACCAGUGGUGUGUGAUUCAAGCCAGGAGAGUGAGGUGAAAAGCCUGUUUGAGCAAGUAGAUCGGGAACAGCAGGGGCGGCUAGAUGUUCUGGUCAAUAAUGCCUAUGCUGGUGUCCAGGCAAUCCUGAGCACCACCAACAAGUCAUUCUGGGAAGCACCUGCCUCCCUUUGGGAUGAUAUGAACAAUGUUGGACUCAGAGGCCACUACUUAUGCUCUGUGUAUGGGGCACGGCUGAUGGUACCAGCUGGCAAAGGACUUAUCGUGGUUGUCUCUUCCCCCGGGGGGCUGCAGCAUAUGUUCAAUGUCCCUUAUGGUGUGGGCAAAGCUGCGUGCGACAAACUGGCUGCUGACUGUGCCCAUGAGCUACGGCGUCAUGGAGUCAGCUACGUAUCUCUGUGGCCAGGCCUGGUGCAAACAGAAAUGGUGAAGGAGUAUGUAGCAAAAGAGGAGCAGCCUGAAGAUCCUCUGUUUAAGAAGAUGAAAUCAGUUCUCUCAUCGGCCGAAACUACAGAGAUGAGUGGCAAGUGUGUGGUGGCCUUGGCAACAGACCCCAAUAUCCUGAGCCUGAGUGGGAAGGUGCUGCCGUCCUGUGACCUUGCUCGGCGUUACGGCCUUAAGGACGUCGAUGGACGCCCUGUCCAAGACUACUUUUCUUUGGGCUAUGCCCUCUCACAAGUCUCCAGCUUGAGAUGGCUGGCCUCCUACUUGCCCGGCUUCCUCCGUGUACCUAAGUGGAUUGUCACCCUCUACACCAGCAAAUUCUAACCUCCUGACCUGAUAUCCCAGCCCUUCCAGAACCUCAUCUCAUUGAGGCUCAGGUGGGUGGGGCUGUCUUGGUGAAACAAACCACUUUCCCACACCCAUGUCCUCACCAUGAAGAGAAGGUGGCUGCUGGGCAUCUAGUGCAUCUUGGGGGCUCUGGUAGGUUCUUGGUGCCUUGGUGUUCCCUGUCCCUACAUCUUAAUAGCUUGCUUGAGUCCUUAUAAGUGGUUAUAAGUAGAAGUUAAUAAAAGUCUCAUCUCCCCUUCAA